GACUUUGGAGAAAAAGAAAAGAAUUCAGAACUGUCUAGUCCUCUUAGAGAGAGAGAGAGAGAGAGUCCACUGUUCAGUGGAACCAACACCAAACCACCUGAAACUGUGAAAGCGGAGAGAAGAAACAAAUGCAGCCAAGCGGCGGAGGCGGCGGCGACCUGAGUAGAGGACUUGCCCGCUUCCGCUCGGCUCCGGCGACGUGGUUGGAAGCUCUACUCGAGUCCGACGAGGACGGCGAUCCACUCAAGCCGACUCAGUCCCUUGCUCAUAUCCCUCCGGCCAGUUCUACCGCACCUAGCGCCCGGAGCUCCGGCGCCGUCGACUUCCCCGCCUCCCCCGACCCGGCGGUGUUUGACGCCGGUGGCGUCGCCGCCUCCUCGGAGAUGGGGUUCCUCCGCCACAACAGCUCUCCUGCGGAGUUUCUGGCGCAGAUCAGUUCUUCUGGAUCCGAGGGCUUCUUCUCCGGCUUUGAUGUGUCUCCCAAUUACGAGUAUCUUUCGUCUUCUGUCGAUGCCUCUCCCUCCAGUAAGCGGCCGAGAGAGGUCGAUUCACAACGCCUAUCUGCAAAGUUCUCAUCGCAAUGGAGGGGAGAGCAAAGUGCCCAACUACGAGGAGGGAUGAGUGGUUUGCUGGAUUCGGAUAUGGAGAAGCUUUUGGAGGAUUCAGUUCCUUGUAGAGUUCGGGCAAAGCGUGGAUGUGCUACCCAUCCCCGCAGUAUAGCUGAAAGGGUUCGCAGAACUAAAAUUAGUGACCGUAUAAGAAAGCUUCAGGAGCUUGUGCCCAAUAUGGACAAGCAAACUAAUACAGCUGAUAUGCUGGAUGAGGCGGUAGAGUAUGUCAAGUUCCUGCAGAGACAGAUUCAGGAACUCAUGGAGCAUCAAAAGAACUGCAAAUGCAUAAAUAAAGAUUAACUGGGAGAAGAUAUCAGCUGGCAUGCGAGCAUGUGACUGUAGCACCAUGGCCAAGAGUAUCAUCACCUUCAACAGAGAAAUAUAUAUCUGAAGCUCAUUGGCAUGGCUGUAGUUGGAAAAUGUUGUACACUGUAAUGUUUCUUGGCAGACUACUUCCUGGCUCCUUUUAGGUAGAAAUAUUUAUUUUCCAUGCCCACAAUUGUGUGUUUGGAAAUUUGAGUGCCAUAAAGCUUGCUGUUUGCAUGAAGAGCUAUUCGGUAAAUAAAAUCAUUUCAUAUCAUUUUCA